AUGAUUUGGAACAACACCACUAUGGACGGGGAAGGGUUGCUUGUGAAAAGAGAUUCCUGCUUCCGAAUCCUCACCGGCUGCUUCCUCUCCUUGCUGAUCCUUUCCACACUCCUAGGCAACACCUUGGUCUGCGCAGCUGUCAUUAGGUUUCGCCACCUGAGGUCCAAGGUGACCAACUUCUUUGUGAUCUCUUUGGCAGUCUCAGACCUUUUAGUUGCCGUGUUGGUCAUGCCCUGGAAAGCUGUGGCUGAGAUAGCUGGAUUUUGGCCUUUUGGAUCAUUCUGUAACAUCUGGGUGGCAUUUGACAUCAUGUGUUCCACAGCUUCCAUCUUAAAUUUGUGUGUGAUUAGCGUGGACAGAUACUGGGCCAUCUCCAGCCCAUUUAGGUAUGAGAGGAAAAUGACCCCCAGGGCAGCCUUUGUCAUGAUCAGUGUGGCAUGGACCUUGUCUGUGUUGAUUUCCUUCAUCCCCGUACAACUGAACUGGCACAAAGCUAAAACCACAAGUUUUUUAGACUUAAAUGCCAGUUUCCAAGGUGUGGCUAUGGACAACUGUGAUUCCAGUUUAAACAGGAUGUAUGCCAUCUCUUCCUCUCUUAUUAGUUUUUACAUCCCAGUGGCCAUCAUGAUAGUCACCUAUACAAGGAUAUAUAGGAUUGCUCAAAAGCAAAUACGGCGUAUCUCAGCCUUGGAACGAGCAGCUGUGCAUGCUAAGAACUGUCAAACCCCUGCUGGCAACAGGAACAGUAUGGAUGGCCAGCAGCCAGAAAGCUCCUUCAAAAUGUCCUUCAAGAGAGAGACUAAAGUUUUAAAGACUUUGUCAGUGAUCAUGGGAGUGUUUGUAUGUUGUUGGCUACCCUUCUUCAUCCUGAACUGCAUGGUGCCCUUUUGUGAGCCCAGUACCUCAUCCCAGGGAGCAGAGCCAUUUUGUAUAAGUUCUGCCACUUUUGAUGUUUUCGUCUGGUUCGGAUGGGCCAAUUCUUCCUUGAACCCGAUCAUUUAUGCCUUCAAUGCAGAUUUCCGCAAGGCGUUUUCCACUCUUCUCGGCUGCUAUAGACUCUGUCCUUUCUCCAUUAAUGCGAUAGAGACAGUUAGUAUCAACCACAACGGGGGCAUGGGUUUUUCGAGUCAGCUUGAGCCGAGAGGGUCCAGCCCCAAAGAGUGCAAUUUUGUCUAUUUGAUCCCCCAUUCGGUUCUCUGCCCAGAAGAAGAAGACAUGAUGAAAAAAGAAGAGGAGGGGAUAUUCACCAAAACCUUGGAAAAAAUUUCUCCAACCCUAUCAGGUAUUUUGGAUUUUGAGGCUGAUGUGUCUUUGGAAAAGAUCAAUCCAGUCACGCAAAAUGGCCAGCAUAAAACCUGA